AUAUAAAUAAACACCACUGACCACCAGCACCAUCGCAUCGACAGCAACCAUGGAAGCAGAGUGCAAGCGCUCAGUGUCUUGUUUGUCUUCAGCCGAAAUGAAGUCCCUUGCUAGAGCUCUAUCAACGACUCGGUUAAAUUCGCUCGACCAUGAUCUUUUUAGUUCCCCUUCCCAGACGUCUUUAAAUCGGACCAGCUUGGGCCUGUCUCGCAGGAGACGCAUGUCAAGUUCCACCAGUUUUGACUCUCCAGAGGCAGCAACAACUCCAAGCGCUGAAGCAAGGGUCCUAGUUAUCAACACCGGGGGCACAAUUGGCAUGAGGUACCAUGAUAAUGUGUUGAGUCCAGAGCCCAAUGCCCUUGUGAAGGCCCUGAAGGCCCUGCCCAUCAUGCACGACGAGCAAUACGCACAGAACACCAAGCUCUACGACUUCUACGGCCCCGAGGAGAACACUCUGGUGCUCCCGCUCUCCAAGCAGAAAAAGAGGAUCGUAUACACUGUGAAUGAGUACUCCCCCUUACUGGAUUCCUGCAACAUGACGACUGAGGACUGGGCAACCAUAGCCAAAGACAUUGAGAAAUACUAUGAGAAGUACGAUGGCUUUGUGAUCCUGCACGGCACGGACACUAUGGCCUACACGGCCUCCGCUCUCUCCUUCAUGUGUGAGCACCUGGGAAAGCCAGUCAUCCUCACUGGAUCACAGGUCCCCAUCUAUGAGAUGAGAAACGAUGGCAGAGCCAACCUGCUUGGAGCCCUUCUAGUUGCUGGACAAUUUGUGAUCCCAGAGGUUUGUUUAUACUUCCAUUACAAGCUGUACCGAGGGAACCGGGUCACGAAAGUGGAUGCAGGAAGUUUUAACGCCUUUAACUCCCCAAACCUUGACCCAUUGGCCAACGCUGAAGUGGACAUCAAAAUCAACUGGGACACUGUGUGGAGAGCUAACACCACUGCCAAGUUUAGAGUGAACACUGAGAUGAACCGCAACGUCGGCCUCCUGCGAUUGUUUCCUGGCAUCACCACAGAGACGGUGAGGGCUUUCCUGCAACCACCAAUGGAGGGGAUCGUUUUGGAGACCUAUGGUAGCGGUAACGCGCCAGACUGUCGCACCGACCUCCUGGCAGAGAUUAAGAAAGCCACGGACAGGGGCGUCGUCAUCAUCAACUGCACUCAGUGUCUCAGGGGCUCUGUGGUCAUGUCAUAUGCCACUGGGAAGGCCCUCUGUGAUGCUGGUCUCAUCCCCGGCAGUGAUAUGACUCCCGAGGCGGCGCUGUCUAAGCUGUCGUAUGUGUUAGCUAGGAAGGACCUUUCCCUACAGGACAAGAAGAAGCUGCUGAGUCGUAAUCUGCGCGGUGAGCUGACCGCUGACAUCCAGGGAGCCAAGCUGACCCUGAGUGACAGCCGCUUCAUACAGGUCAUCGCCAAGUCCCUCAACAUCAGCUGCAAGGAGGAGCUGGAGGCUAUCCGGGAUGCUCUGACCCCGACGUUGGCCUGUGCUGCUGCUAAGAUCGGUGAUACCGAGGCCCUGGACGCUAUCCGGGAAAUGGGCAGCAGUUUGAGCAUGGAGGACUAUGACGGGCGGACCCCGCUGCACAUCGCCUCGUGCGAGGGUCACCUGAAGGUGGUGGAGUAUCUGCUGAGUCAAGGGGCCACCGUCUACGCCAAAGACCGCUAUGGCGACACGCCAUUGCGCAAUGCUGUGCGCUUCAGACGCAAAGAUGUUGUGAAACUUCUGAGGAAAACUGGCGCGCAUCUGUCCCCUAGUGAGAUUGAGGACGCAGGAACAGAGAUGUGCAGUUAUGCAGCCCAAUCGGACAUUGAGGGGCUGGAGAUAUGGGCUCUGGCUGGUGUGGACCUCAACCUGCCAGGCUACGAUGAUAAGACCCCUCUUGAAGUGGCAUUAGCAGCUGGGAACCAGGAAGUCGUUGAUUUUUUCAGUCAACUUGAAUACCUCACGCCUCAGCUACUUGAGUACCUCAAGUAUCAGGAUGAAGACUGCCUUGAGUUCACCGCCAGGACCGACAGGUCAUGAGGUCUCCUUCUCUCUUCUGGUCCUCUUCUCACCGCCCCGUCCAAAAGCACUGGUGUCUUCCUCCCGUCCCAAUGCCUGCUGUCCGCACAAUCCGAUUUAAAAAGCUUUAUUGUCUAAAACAGUAUGUUGCCAUAUUAGAGAUCAAUGUUAGUUAUCUACACCAAGUCAUCCUACUCUACUCCAUCCAAAAGGCAGGCAGAAUGUGAGCAGCUAUGGUCAUUCAAUACAAGAUGUUACAUGAAUGUAGCAACACUAAAUAUGUAUGCAUAAGCAACCAACUUGCUGUGUGUGCAAGUGUGUGUGUACAUAACAGUCAAACAUAAUCAUUCUACAAAUGUAAAACAGCCGUCCUGCAUUAUGUUUUUUGUAUGUCCAAAAAUGGUUCAAAGAUGUGGUGGUGGUAUGAUGUUCCAUGUCCUAUGCUUAGUGGCUCUGCACAAACAUUUGUUGAUGUCAUGUUUGCCACUGACUUGAUUAUAUUUCAGAAAUGCAAAUUUAAAUUAUCAAAAGUGUUAUUGUUUUUUAAUCGUCGUAUCUGAUGCUCAGAGAAGCUGCCAAGUUUGGUUCUUGGUUGAAUGUGAAAUGUAUCCAUCUCUUGCUGCACUUGAUUUACCUUUUUAAGUAUCCAUCUGUUGUGUAGGAACCAUUGAUGCUGUGUUACAUAUGAUGUCGGUGUGUUAGGAUGCUGUUUUUUUUUUUUUUUGGUGACUUGCGGGUAUCAUACCCACAUUGGUUUUAUGUUAAAAAAAACAAAAAAAACACUGGUUUUAAAACAAACGUUUUUUUGUUCAGUAUUAGUAUAUUUGUAGAACAUUUUCUUCAUCAGUGAGGCAAUACAGCCUGUCUGAGGGGUUGAGUAAAGUCUAAAUAAAUAAAAUGUUAAAUAUU